AUGAUCACCGAGGAGGCUAUUCUAGAAAGGAUCUGGAUCACAUGGGACAGAGGUGCGGCAGGAGGAGAGGGGGCGCUAAGGUUCGAGGCGUGGGUACGGGGACUAAGCAUACUCCUCAAAGGCACUGAGGAAGAGAGGAGGAACCACUGCUUCGCCGUCUAUGAUCUGAAUGCUGACGGGUUCAUCACAAGAGAUGAAAUGUUUACGCUGCUAAAAAAUUCUCUUCUUAAACAACCGGGGGACGAAGACCCAGAUGAAGGAGUACGAGAAUUAGUGGAAUUGGUGCUCAAGAAACUCGACAUCGACAAAGAUGGCCGCGUAUCCAUCGAGGACUACAAAUCAGCGGUUGACCAGGAGCCUUUGCUGCUGGAAGCAUUCGGGCAAUGUCUACCAUCGAGGCGACAAGCCACCACAUUUUUGAAAACUCUCAACCCUAAACUUUAA